AUGUUCAAGAACCUCUUCUCCCUCUCCUCCCUCGUCAUCUUAGCUCUAUUCCUGUCUUCUACCGUAUCCGCUGGCCUCAUCAACCGAGUCAAACGUCAAAACUACUGGGGACAGCCUGGCGUCGUCAACAACAUGGUCACUGAUAACAUGGCUGGAGGACCAACGUCUCUUGGAUGGGCUCAAGUGCCACAUGUCUACAGUCCAAUGUUCUCGCCAGUGUUUGGAAGAAAAUAA